UUGUUAUAGCAAGAAUUAAAUCGGCUAGUGAUGCACGAUGCGGACAAUUAUAUCGAAUUAAUCAUCAUGGAAAAAUUCGCAAUGAGGCAAAUUUUCCGGUCUUGCAAAAGCAUAUUCCGGCCGCUUCGGUUUUCUUCCAUUUUCAGAAUCUCUCUAUCUAACUUCCGCUCAUCUCUCUCCUCUCUCUUCUUUUAUCCAUCUCUGUUCCUCUCAUUGUAUCCCGUUCAUUCGUUUUCGCGCUUCCUAUCUUCGAACGAUGACGGGGAAAAAUGUCGAUGGAGUCGUUUAUUCGAGAGCUAUUCGGUGCUGCGUAUUUUUCUAGGUCGAACGCGAGUUUUCUUCGCGCGGGGGGAAAAACGACGGGGAAGGAAAGGAAGCUGGAGUAGGAGCGCAUCGGCAAGAUGAUGUAUCACGUGAUGUCAUUUAUUUCGCAAGUAUAUAUCGGAUAUAUCGGCUAUAUCGCGUCAUUUUGAAACGACAAAAGCGCGGCGUCUUAUCCGCGAUCGGUUCACUCGUCGAUUGUCGUUCGCCGGUGUAGCUCGAUCUAUAUCUCUUCCUCUCUUCCGAGGUGGUUUCGCUCGGGACUAGAUCAUCGUCAUUAUUAAGAUCGACCUCGAUCGCGCGAUCUCCGGAAAUUAGUUACGUACAGUGCAGAUGUCGAUGGAAAAGUUACGUGCAUUCCUCCUCCGUAAGAAGUGCGCGAAGACGCGUGGCGACAGCGAUUGCGACAUGGCCACGCGGUUGUUGAUCGACAAUGGGGACCGCGCGAAAACGAAGAGGAGCCGCGUAUCAAAUAGAGGUGGAAACUCAAAAUUCUCUCAUAUCCUGACUGAGAAGUGGCGCGAAAAAUCUCAAGGACUACGAAACAAAAUUUACUCCAAAAUUUUAAUCUCACCCUUGACUAUAAAAACUUUAUAUAAGGAUUUUCAAGUAGAUAUGUCUCGAAUCCCUCUUAUGGCACCUGAGAGUGAUUUACAAGUCGCAAAUCGUCAAAAUAUUGUGAUGCUGGAGGCUGGAUUGCCCGGCGAUUCAUGGACGUAUUGCGUCGAAAGAGACCGACUGGCCAGAAGAUCGGAAUGGUUUCAGGCGAUGCUUACAGGUCCGCUCGCACCACCAUUAACAGAUUCACCGCCAUUGUUGCGAUUGCAACACGUUGAUAAACGGGCGUUUGAUCAUUUUCUUAGAUAUCUUCACGACGAGCCCGUCAAUUUUAUUUCGGUGUCGACGGCUAGGGCUACGCUCGACGCUGCUCAUCAGUAUCUUUGCCCUGGAUUAGCGCGACUCGCCGUAUCGUAUCUCGAGAAACACCUCACACCAUCAACUGUACUUGAGAUUUAUCAGGGUCUCGGUCUGUUCGCGAAUGAUCUGCGAGAGGAAGAUUCUGCUUUUGACAGAUCGCCAAAUUCGCCGACGACACCACUAUCGCCCGGGGACGACGCCAGUGUGAUAGCUGCCGUGUGCACCGAACUUCUGCUCAAGUGCCUAUCUGUGAUCGAUUCGAAUCCGGCAAGAGUGCUGCAUCAGGAGCGUUUUGAGGAACUCAGUGCACAGGAAAUCGCACAAUUGGCACGUCGUGAUACUCUAAAUCUCAGCAGUGAGUGCAUCCUCUUUUCCGCAUUGGACAGGUGGGCUGCGGCCGAGUGUAGAAGACAGGGUGUCGAACCCUUGGCAGUCAAUAAAAGAGUUGUGCUCUCGGACGACGUCUGCUUCAGCGUGCGAUAUCUUCUUAUGAACGACCGGGAAUUUGUCAGUGGUCCUAUGGCGAGCGGUAUCCUGACUAAUGAGGAAUGUGUCUACAUCGUCUCUAAAAUACUCAGACAUCCUGAGAAUUCGAAAAAUGAUAGUCUUCGAAGUACCGCAGCUGUUCAUCCAUCCAGAUUAUCUAAUACACCUAGGAUUGCUUAUAAACGCGAAGAUGAAGAGUGCAACAUGUUGAGGCCAGGCAAAAAAGAACGACAGGAUAAUCGGAAAAAUAGAAGAAGAGAGUGUGCCAGUCAAGGCCAGAGGACAUGCGCUAGAAUAGGAAAUUGCCUUGUACAAAUUCUAGCCUGCGUGUUUGAUUAAACACUGACCCGUGGAAUUAUGAUUAAAUGCCGCACCAUGGAAUCGCAGCACUUCCAAAUUUUCCCACCGAAAAAUAUAUUUCGUUUUGUUAUAUCGCUUUGUCUUUUCGCUUCAUAAUUUUCGCCCGAGGAAUCGAGAUGUGAAAUGGAAAUUAAAAGCGCCAUGGAGAAUUAAAAAAAAAAAUUGAAAGUCGUUUAAUAGUUGUCUAAAAAAUAACUAUGCUACAUAAAUUUUUAUUUACAUAUAAUAAUCAAAUCCAAUCUGCAACUAAAAUCUGCAACUAAAUCCAAAUAUUUAGUAUAAUUGCAUAUCUUAUAUAUUUAAGUAAAGUUUAGAUAUUUUAAAUGUUCCUCGUUCUAAUGGCGUUUUUGGUCGAAUAAAUGCGAAAAGACAGUUAUUUUUAUCAUCGGAAUACCGCGCGAUUACACCGACUAGACAUAUUGAAAUCGAGAGAGAUAUAUAUAUAUAUAGCAAAUAUUUUUAAAGGUAAUAGAGACUGAGAUAUUGAAGAGAACAUUUUUAAACGUUUUUAGAAGCAUAUUAGAUUUCCGGCAGACUUUUAUCGGUAAGAUAUUACUUUUAGGAAACGCGUGUUGUUUUUGUUAAAAUUCGUUCAUCGCGUAAAAAUUUAGAACUAUGUUAUGCGCUACUUCCAUUAAUAUUAUAAACAUUUCGUUACUUUACACAUGUUUUGUUGCUUUGGGAGAUAUUUUAUCUUCUUGCUUGCAACUUUGCGCAAGAUCUGUUGCUAUUACAACAGUAGUCUUUCGCUAUCGAUCGAUGAAGUCAAGACUUUCGUUGUUACGAGAGAGAAUGCAUUUUUCAACGUUUUAUAAAUUUUACAAAGAAAUGAGACUUCAAGACUUUAAUUUGACUAAUCAA